UAGAUAUGUAACAGGUAAAUAAAUAUUUUCCAAAUCUACAUCCACACUCUGAAAUGCUAUAGCUAACCUUUCUUUUGUAUUACCAUAAUUAUGGCACAUUAGGACAGCUUGAAGUAUUUAACGAAACAUUCCAUUACUUUUGGACAUGCGCCUGCAAAACCUCACAACUUCUUUAGAGACCCUAGCCACAUAUACAAUUGAGACAGGAGAUUACGGAAUUUUUAGGAAGAAAUCCAAGUUUUCAAUCACGAAUUUUGAUCUGUUGUUCUUCACAAAUAAAAGUGGAAAUGAAAUUAGGCGAAAAGUGCCCAUUUCUCAUGUUGCUGGUCUUAGCAAAUAAAAUGAAAUGUAGCUCGAAAUCCCUCUUGAUUCACAUCAGGGGUGGAGCCGACGAGUUCUUCUAUACGACUAACAGAGAUGAAAUCAUGGAUUUGGUGAAAAGACUAUAUGCCUACUCGAAGAAAGAUAAUUUACCCGUAUUUGCUCCAGCUGAAUCAAAACUUGUCCAUUAUUGCACGACUAAAGAUGAGGGUGAACAAGGACUAACGAGAAUGCCUAGCAGAGACUGAGCUUUGCCAUAUGAAGACAUUCUCGAGGAUGGCAAAGAUGAUGAGCCAGAAAGUCCGAAAGUUGAUAAAUUUGAUGAAAUUCCAGCCAGGAACCCUACUCGACAUGAUCCAAAUUACGCUAAGCACUACAACAACGAAGAUUACCUAAAAAAACAGCAGAAUGAGCUAAAAGACAACAAAGAAAAUAAGGUAAUCAGGUCUAAAAUGAUACACAACAAGCCAGCUGCUGAUGAAAGGUCAAGAGGAUACGUAUUCAACCAAAAGUUAGUGAAGCCUCCCAAUGUCUCAAGAUUCCAGAAAUGGUCCUCUGAAGAUACUCCCAAUGAUUUUGAGUCGGACAAGCUCCUUGCAGGGACCACAAAUCUUGCGGAUAAACGUCACAAAGCUCCUAAAGAUGAUGCCCACAAGAAGUAUUCCCCCUCGAAGAAUCAAUUUAUCGAUUUUGAAGAAGAGAAAAUCGAAAUUGUUUAUGAAGAAGUUGAUGACGAGUUUGAUGAGUCUCCUAAAUGCCGCACUGAUGUCUCCUUGGAUGAUUUCCGUGUCAGGAAAGUUAUUGACAAAGGAUCCUUUGGUGAAGUCUUUCUCACCGAAUAUCUUCCUGACGGGAAGAAAUAUGCAAUGAAAAGAAUCAAAAAGUCCAUUCUGACCGAUAAAAGUCUCAAGGAAAGCACUGAGAAUGAAAAAGAGAUCCUGAUGAACUUAAAUCACCCAUUUUUAUUGACGAUGACAUAUUUAAUAGAGAACGAAAAGAGGUAUUAUUUCUUCCUGGAAUACAUCGCAGGAGGCAACAUGUACAAGAACAUGUUCAAGGUUAAAAGAUUCGAGGAGGAAGCAGUCAAGUUUUAUGUAGCACAGCUAGCUCUUGGGCUCAACUACCUUCAUGAAAAUAACCUUGUUCACCGGGAUUUGAAGCUCGAAAAUGUUCUCAUGGGUGAAGAUGGGUAUAUCAAGCUUUGAGAUUUCGGACUUGCCAAACUUCUAAAUAUAUCGAGCGAAGUUACCUACACUUUCUGUGGGACAACAGAAUACCUUGCUCCAGAGAUAGUAUCUAACUCUGGCCACAGUUUCUCAGUUGAUUGGUGGACCCUUGGAAUUAUUUGAUAUGAACUCUGAUGUGGAAGAACUCCAUUUUUCCACAAGAAUCCGCAUAUGGUAACAAAAUUAAUUCAAAAAGGAAAGUUAAUUUUUCCUGAUCCAGUUAAGCACAAAAUAUUUAUGAGUGAAGAAAUGAAAGAUUUCAUCACAAAACUAUUGAUUCGUAACCCUGAAGAAAGGCUUGGCCAUAACAAUAGUGAUGAGAUAUUUAAUCACCCAUGGCUUGAGACUGUCAAAUUGGAUAAAAUCAAGGAAAAGCUAAUCAAGCCUCCAUACUACCCAGAAUGUGAUUAAUUUAGUCAAUCAAUAGAAUUUUUAA